CCGGUAAUUAUCUCUUUGUCCGUUCAUCUCGAUUGUUCUUAUGGUUUUCGUAUUUGCUCGUUUCAAUUUCUCAUACUUCAGAUCUGAAUCCUUAUUAGAUCUCUAUUACAUUCUUCGUUACAUGGAUUGUAUGCACAGGUUUUUUUAUCCAGAUUUUUGAUAGAACAUCAAAGCCAAAAUGCAGAACGAAGAGGGAAAGAUCACCGAGCUCUACAUUCCUAGGAAGUGUUCUGCCACAAACCGACUCAUCACUUCCAAGGACCACGCCUCGGUUCAGAUUAACAUCGGCCACUUGGAUGAGAAUGGCAUCUACACCGGCCAAUUCUCCACUUUCGCUCUCUGCGGUUUCAUCCGUGCUCAGGGUGAUGCCGACAGUGCUUUGGAUAGAUUGUGGCAGAAGAAGAAAGUAGAAGUUCGCCAGCAGUAGAAAGUGCAAAGUGCAAUUUUUCUUCUUGAAAUUUUAUGUUUCUAAUUAAGUUUAAUUUUAUUGCGAAUUAUGAAUGUUGAGAGAUCCUAGGCUGCCUUUGGUAACCUUUUGAUGAAAUGAUUCUGAAAUUGUAGUGUUUGUGGAAUCUUAGUCGGUGAAGCUGGUUUUGAUCAUCGAUUGUUGAAUUUACAUUGAAGAGACCAAACUUUGUAUUUUGAAUUACAAUCCAACAAAAAAAAUAAAAUGAAAUAAAAUAA